UGCUUCUCCGCAGGCCCAUAAUUUCCCCGGAUAUGGUCCGUGGGGAGAUUCUACCAGGUUUCUGCCGCUACUUUAGAUGCUUCGACAUUAAGCUGGAUGAGGAUAUGCCGAUGUACAUCUGUAAGUGGCUGGGACGAGUAUAAAGCCUAUAUGUUUGUGGUUCGUAGCCUGAGUCCGUCAUCACACUGUUCUGCAGUUCCUUCCUGUCAACCAGACUAUUGGAUUCAGGAUCUUCAUUAUGCGCUUCCUCGAGCUCAGAGGCAAGAGCCUCAUUGCCGUUAUUCUGUUGACCUCUGGUCUUGACUUUCUUCUUUUCGGAUAUGACCAAGGACUCUUCGGCGGCAUCCUGGGCGGCCAGCGCUUCAAAGAUACCCUUGGCAAUCCCAACCCAACCAUGACCGGCCUCGUCACAGCCAUCUACGAUAUCGGCUGCGCUCUCGGUGCCGUUGUGGCUUUCGUCUUUGGCGAGCGUAUCGGACGCAAGCGUUCCAUCAUCCUCGCUAACCUCAUUGUCGUAAUUGGUGCUGCUAUUCAAUGUGCCAGCUUCGACUACUGGCAGAUGUUCGUCUCCCGCAUCAUCGGUGGCGUUGGUGUCGGACUGUCAACGGUUGCGGUACCAAUCCUACAGUCAGAGACACUACCUGCACACAACCGUGGUUCGCUUCUUGUUGUCCAGUCCGCCUUGAUCAUCAUUGGAGUUGCUGUCGCGUCUUGGCUAUGCUUUGCGACGCUAUAUGCCGAUAGCUCGCUGCAGUGGCGCUUUCCUGUCGCUUGCCAAAUACUGUUUUCACUGCUUGUGUUGGCGCUUUGCCCGUUCUUGUGCGAAACUCCAAGAUGGUUAGCAUCGCGUGGAAAGAUUGACGAGGCGAAGUAUACCAUCAGUCGACUUUUGGACAAGCCGCUGGAUGAUGAAGAAGUGCUGGGCCAACUCCAGGAAAUCCUCGACGCGAUCGCGGCAGAGAGUAGCGAGGAAGAGCCCACCUGGAGCGAAGUCUUCAGCAAUGCAACCAAGACCCGCAAUCUACACCGUGUUGUUCUCGGAAUGGGACCUUAUAUGAUGAACCAGUGGAGUGGCAUCAACGCCUUGUGCUACUACCUGGCCUACAUCUUCCAGCAGUACCUCGACUACUCUCCGAGCAUGUCUCUCAUCCUCGCCUCAGUGGCUUUUACUCAGUAUGCUGUGUUCUCGUGGCCACCAUACUUCUACAUCGACAAGAUUGGGCGCCGAUGGUCGGUUAUGGGCUCGUCAGCCGGUUGCGCAGCAUGUAUGGCGAUCAUCGCCGGAUGCCUGGCCACAAACAGCUAUGCUAGCGCCGCAGCAGCAGUCGCCUUCAUCUUCUUGUAUCUCGACUGCUUCACCCUCGGUAUAUUGCCUGUGUCGUGGUCCUACUCAGCCGAGAUUCAACCUCUCCGUGUCCGAAACAAAGCGACAGCUGUCGGCGUCUUCUCGCAUUGGAUGUCGAACUUCGUCGUCGUUAUGGUCACUCCCAUUGGCCUAGAUAACAUUCGCGGACAUUACUUCUGGGUCUGGGCUGCGGUUUGCGCAUCCUUUGUACCGCUUACCUACUUCUUUGGUGUCGAGACUUCUGGACGCACGCUCGAGCAGAUCGACAUUAUGUUCUAUGAGCAGCCGAGGCUAUGCAUGGGACUAAAUCCAGAGAACCGAAGGGUUGUAAGGGCGAGCAAGUCAGAUGAGGAGAAGAGAUUCAGGGAGUUUGCGCACGUCAGCGAGAAGAACCAGGCUGUUAUGGAGGAGAGAAUCAGCCAGAGUGAUUAGACACAACCCGUAAGGCACACAAGGGCAUGUAAAGGAAGAGCUAGUCCACUGAAAAAGCCUACGGACGAAUGAAAGCAACUUUGAAUGAACUGCGAGCAAACAGCUGCGCUU